GCUGCUGGUAUAUUCAGAAGAUACCAGGAUAUCGCGAGGGUGAAAAAGAAUUUGUAAAAUAUUAGUGAAUUUAACUCGGUCUUCAAUAAAGUGAAUAUUUGUCUUCAAUUGAUUUACUAUUUAAUCUACUAUACAAAUCGCCACGAAGGUUUAUUUGUUGAAUGCAACGAGACUACUGCUUCAAACUGUUCGAAAUGCGGACACGGAUGAAUCCUAUUUGUUUCUUCUGUUGCUUGCUUGUUACCAUUAUCGGAAUAACGAUUACCUGUGCCGAGCCGGAACCCAUGACUAGAUUAACUAGACCACCGCAGAUCUCCAACUCAAACGUUCAGCUACAGCGAUACGCCGAUUCGGUUAAAAAUUUUUAUCACAUGUAUGGAAAAUCGAGGCAUGGCAAACGAAGUGAUGCUGCGCCGUUGAUGGAGCUGAAUGCCACUUGGGAGACCCUGAAGAUGAUUCAGGAUGCACAACGGCAAAACGAACAGCGAAGGCAAGAAAACAUCAGACAGAACAAAGAGCAAAUCCUGCUCCGCGACUUUCCGAACUUGGACGCCAACGAGUAUACGUUAUACGAUGUUACACGAUCCGGCUCUCUUUCGGACAUAAUUAACAAAUAUUAUAACGAUGUACAAUAAACAAUUUCCAAAACGUCCUUCUUUCUCUCCUAAUAUCGAGAUUAAUUUUCUCUCGAUUCUGA